UGCUCUUGAAGGUAUUGCUGAAGUCACCAACACCAAUCACGACACAUCCCCCACCAUGACGUCGAAGACAACUGUUGGCCGCAAGAGGACGCGUUCUCUAGCGGGCUCCGAUUCGGCCGACACCAAGCUCACUGCUCCCAAAACCGCUCCCCCGAUCCGCGCGAUCCUCAUCCACCUGAGCGCCCUUUUGUCUUCCGAUGCAGCCAUUACGAGCACAUUGCGCAAGGCUCUCUCAGGGAUUCUUCCCAGGAGAGAUAUUCCAGAUAUGGCAGAUGAAGCAAUCCUCCGCGCCUUCAGCACUUCUUCGAACUUUUACACCAUUCUAAGGGAACUCAAUGUCCGUAAUCUCAGUGACGAUGAACGUAAGGACAUUGAGUCACGCUACUGUGUCGUCUACGAGAUGGAAGGAAUCCGGAAGCUUUGCUUAGACCCUCAUGCCAAUUCCUUUCUCGAAGAGGCCGCUCGCCAGCCGUACUUCCGACUCGCGACCACGUCAAGCAACCCCAUGCUGGCGGCCAACCUGGUAGAAAAGUUGGGAAUCAAGUCGCUGGAGGCGGUAAUCCCGACCAGCGAUUUAGACAGCAUCACAGACCCCUCCGAAGCCCGCAAAACCUUCCAUUCCAAAAUCUGGAAACGCCUCAUCGAGCCCUGGUUCAGCGACCCGAUCCGUCGCGGCGGCUGGGACUCCUCCUCCUGCUCCGAACUCGACGACUCCAGCAAGGACAUCGCUUCCAAGCUCACCACUACCACGACCGCCACCAGCAACGACGACAACCCCCAAGCCAAGAUCACCACCAUCACCACUUCCCAGACCGUCGACAUCCCCAAGCCGGACCUGACCGCCAACAACCCAAAUAACUACCGCGGCCCUGACCCGACCGCCGCACCGCUCCAGCCCUCUGAGGUCAUGGUCAUCUCCUGCACGCUGUACGACUUGAACAUUGCAAAGGCAGCCGGCAUGCAGACUUGCUGGGUGCGCAAGAUCAGGGGCGAGGAAGACAUCUUCCAGCAGCGUGCAGCCGGAAACCAUGACAUUAUCGUGAGCAAUCUGGACGAGGCCCGUCUCAAGCUGUUCGGUAGCGGUGAUAAUGAGGCAGGCAAUCCUGUAGUGGACGAUCAGGGCAAGGGACACGCAAAGGGUAAAGCAAAGGCAAAGAAGGAUGGGGUUAUGAAGAGCAUCUCCAAGGAGAGGCACACAGAUGAUGACCUGGUUAUGCAGGGCAUUGGCGAAGAACAAGCAAAGAAGCAGGCUGCGGAGGUCGGUAUGGGCGGGAAGAACGAGACCACGCAGGACAACGAUGGUGAAGAAAAAGACACUGCCGUUCGCGAGGUGGCCGAGGACAAGGAGGUCGUUCAGAUGGAGAUCUGUGAUGACUGAAACCGGUUGCUGAACUGUGCAUUAGGUCAUGCUCAACCGAGAUCUGGGAAGACCUGAGGAGAGACAGACUUUGGUGAGAAUCACUUUCCAGCAACUUCGGGUCUUUUGUUAUUAGCCCUUCGAUAGGUUCU